GGGUAGUCAGAGCAGACACAUCAGAGGUGGUUCCUACUUGGCCGGUUGCUGAGGAAGAAACUGAAGUAGCCACAACCUGGGAGGAGCUGGAAGCUGCAGGAGAUGCGGAGCAGGCAGCACAUGGUUCAGACCCCUUCCCAGGUGGUUGGUGUUUGCCCAGAGGGAAGAAGAUGACAACCUUCUCAGGAUCUUUCCUGUUCCCUGCUGAAGCACAGCCAGUGUCAUUAAGUCCAGGAUCAAACACUUGUAAAGGACCUCCCAAUCAGGAUUACAACACCAACCAAGAGGCACCUGGGGCUGGGGCUGCUCCACAGCAGGAAUCCCAAGCCCUGGGCCCGGCUCACACAGCCCCAUCUCCCUCCGCACCACAGAGUGACCCUGCAGCACCUUGCAGGCUGCACCGCAGCCCAUUGCACCCAUCGGUGUGCGGGAGCACCUGCAACUCCUGCGCACAAAGGCCAGAAGCGCUGCAUGAAGCUUCUGCGAAAGUGGCGCCAGGCUCUCGACUGCUGCUCCUGCUUGUGGGCGUUGCGGCUGUCCCAGGAAUUGGUGCCGGCUCCCAGUCUUACUGGUAUUUCUAUAUGGGGGUGUCAGAUCCUGGCCUGGACAUGCUUGACUUCACUGCCGUGGUUUACGUGGGCGACCAGCAAAUUCUCCACUACGACAGUGAGACACAGAGACAGGAGCCACGUGGUAACUGGGUGCAGGGGGCCGUCGGCUUGGACUCCUGGAACAGGGAAACCAGGACAUUGCAGGGCUGGCAGGAGGUAUUUAAAUGGAACCUGCUCGCCCUGCAGCAUCACUACAAGCAGACCAGUGGGUCUCACACUCUCCAGUUCAUGUACGGCUGUCAGCUUGGAGAAGAUGGCAGCACAAGAAGAUGCAUGCAGUUUGGCUGCGACGGGGGAGACUUCAUUAGCUACGACCUGGGAAUGCGAACCUCAGCAGCAGAAACAACGCAGGCCCAGGUCACCCAGCGCAAGUGGAAUGAGGAUAAGUACAGACUUCAGUACCUUAGAGCCUACCUGGAGGGGACCUGCAUCGAGUGGCUGCGGCAGUACCUGCAGCACAGGGAGGCAGCGCUGCAGAGCAGGCGUCCCGUGGCACAGGUGAGCGACAGGCCGUCGUCCCGGGACGGACGCACCACCCUGUCCUGCCGGGUCCACGGCUUCUACCCCCGGGAUGUGGCUGUCGUGUGGCUGAAGGACGGGCAGGCGCAGCCCCAGGAGACGAGGCGCUCGGGGGUCCUUCCCAGCGGAGACGGGACCUACCAGACCCGGGCCACCAUCGAGAUGGACCCGAGCAGCGACCACGACUACACCUGCCACGUGGAGCACGAGAGCCUGGGGGCAGCCCUGAGAGUGGCCUGGGACAAGGGCAGGGCGGGGUACGACCCAGGGAUGAUUGUGGGUGUCGUUAUCGGUGUCAUUGUGCUGGUCAUUGCUGUGACAGGAGCAGCUGGCUACUUCUGCAGAAAGCGGUGGAAGAGGACAGAGGAGGCACGGCCAAUUCCCUUGGCAAUGGCCUUUCAAAGACACUCUGAAAGCCUGAGUUGUCAGCAAUAAUGAAGGCAACAACCAACACACCCGGGCCUCGAAACAGCGACCAUGACAACUGCAGUGUCGACAGCCGGGGAAGCACCAGCGAGAGUGACAACAAAGACAGGGAAUAAGCGCACAAUGUGUAAACCACAAAGGGGUGAAAACUGGAGCAUUUUAUUAAGGAAAGGACUGGGCAGAUGUGUGGGGUGCAACCACUGUAAUGGGUUCUCACGUUUUAAAUGUGUAUCUAUAUUUGUCUAUAUCUAUGUCAUCUGUAUCUGUCUUUGUAUCUGUCUUUCUGUAUCUAAGAGAACCCUACCUGCAAAAAAAAAAAAAAAUCUGCCCAUUUUUGCUUGUUUUUUGGUCUCGUGGGCUAAGAUACCUGGCAGGGGAAGUACCCUGACCGAGGCAAUUCAAUGAAGAUGGCACUGUGUAGUGGAGGGUCGCACCCUUCUGUUCUUGCAGACAGGGUUCCCUAUGAAAGCCCCAUAGUUAGCUUCCCACUGGCCAGCUUCCAGUGGGAGGAUCUCAGUUACAUGCCAACUUUAUGGAAAUGGGAGACUUCUCCCAGGCUUGCUCCUGCAGCUGUACGGCUGGAGGCAAGUGAAACUCGGGGGCAUCUG